UUAUCAUCUGUGCUUGAUUCAAUAUUCACAACAAUAAACUUGUCAACAUGAGGGAGGAACUGUCUGGUGUUACGAUCGUAAUAUUUAUAGCGACUGGAGUGUUAACAAUGUUGCUAUUAUUUAUAUUCGCAAAGAGACAAAUUAUGAGAUUUGCCUUGCGAUCGCGGAGGGGUCCGCACAUUGCCAUUGGCCACGACGCUAAAAAGUCGCUGAAGAGGGAAAUCCAGCGUAGAAUCGAAGUCAUACCUAGGAUUCAAUAUGAGCCUCAGCUCAUCAGUGAUCCUAGGUAUAUCAUGGCACCUGGGAGCCAGGUACCACCUCAUUAUUACAGGCUCAAGGCUGUAGAUGAUGUCAAGGCUCUUGAAUCAGAAAUCACCAAGUAUGACAAUUGCCUGAAACGUCAUCCCAGUGAGAAUCUUCGUGCGUAUCUCCUCACGACUCUGGCUGCUCCUUUGAACGGCAGUGGCCAGAGGAUGAUCCACCAGUUCUGCGAUUUUUAUGAACACGCCCGCCACGAUCCCACGGAAUUCACAGACGAGGAGUACCAAGCUUACUGUCGACUUCACCUCAAGCUGAUGGACGCAGCGCGACUCCUGAAGUCGUACCCCAGCAGCAGAAAGUCCAGUCCCAGUCGCACCCCAAUCAAGAAGAGUGUGGAAACCAAGAGAAAUAUUCUCGAGCCGAAGAUGCGACCCCCUGAGGAGCAGAUCCUGAGUGGCUCUCGCCCCAAUACACUCACCGUCAUGGCCCUGGACAACACCGAAACGACUGUCUAGCAUUAUGAGAAUCGUCACAUACAACACAUGUGACGAGGGGCUGACUAUUUAUUGAAUUUUAUUUGAACGAUGGAUGGAUGCCAACGUUGUUGAUAUGUCCAUCGCGGGGUGCAUCACGUUGCGUAAAUUGAAUGAAGAAUUUUUCAUGAGUAGACCGAAAAUGGGAGACAAGAUUUUAGAAGGCACUUUCUCAGUUGUUCUCGAGGAUGUUUAAGGAUAACUAGAAGGUGCGUAGAUUCAAUGGCCAGUAAUAAUAAUUAAUUUUUUUAUAAUGAUAAAGUUCAGUAGUUACGAUUAUCCAUUAAAUUCCGUGAGAAGAAAUUUAAAAAAUACAAAAAUACUUGGAUAUCCUCAAACUGAGAAACUUCUUAAAAGACUACGUCCUGAACUCUUGUCUUAAUAAUUCCGUGGAUUAGAGGGAUCCACUGUACAUUUCGAUGUAAAUAAGAAAAUUUUUAUUCGUUUUAUAACUUCAUGACAAUUUUUUCCUCGUCCCGUGGGAUUUUUAGUGUUGAGUGACAUACUUUCAGCAUAAGUUAAUUAUGAUCUGUUUUUCUGUAUCAGAAAAGGAGAGGGAAAAUAAUUGUAAAAUAGUAGAUUUAUUUUAAAACAAAUUAUAUUAAAAAAUUAGGCACUUUGAUAUUAAAAUAAAAUCUGAGAUUUCCUUCUGGGAAAGGCUUUGUAAAGUAGACAAUUUGAAUCUUAGUCUCGUGGGGUAUAAAUCAGAUGAGCAUUUGUGGCUAGAACGACCCAGUGGGUUUGACUGACCUAAUUUCUUUAAUUUGUCAAAAUCUAGUCUUUUGAAGGUAACGAAUAACUCAGUGGACUCUUAACAGACAAAUAUUUUGUCCAGUGCUCAUUUAAGUACCGGUCUUUCUUAAGUGACGUUAGGGCAUUAUGAAAGAUACUUUUGUACGCCGCAGGUAGACAACUCGUUCUGACAAGAUGUAGCCAUUCCAUGACCUACAAGAAAAAUAAUUAAAAAUUAACGACUAAUUAACGAUACUCGUGAAAAUUAUUGGUGAAAAGCCUACCUGCUGCGUGAUAUUCCCCCAAGAAGGCAGCUCAAUAACUCUAUAAACAGCAUGAGAAAAUAAUUCCCCCCUGACAUCCCACGACAAAGUGAUGAGCUCCUCAGAUCCUACAAAACAAUCACCCCAAGACAAGACAAUAAUCGUAACAAAUAAUACAUCGCAGAGGAACUCGGCAGCCUUUAACGCCUUGUAAUCCUGGCUGUCGACGAUCAUAAUUUGUAUCUUGCUCAUGAGAUCCCAGCACCAGACAGCAUUGGACUUCUCCUGCCUCAGAUCCACGAGAAUCCUCUGCAACGUUUUCAACAGUCGCUUGUGAACACUGGGAAUGUUCGAGGCUACCUGGAGGAUCUCAUUCAUCCAGCUGAGUGGAACUUCGUUAUUCUUCUUCAGCACGAGCCCCCCUCGAAUUUCAAUGGCUUUCUCCAGCUUCUCAGUGGUGACCUCCUCCCAGACACUGGGCAAAGUCAGCCUCUCAAUCUCCUCUGUUGGCAUUUCUAUCAUUGCCAGGACAAUAUCCCCAAAUAUCUUGUGAUCGACGUCAACUUUACCCACCAGCCGCUCCAGAACACUUCCUAUAAUGGUCUUGUUGUCGUGUAGCACCAAAUCAUCCUUCAGAAUGCUGGAGAAGCUUCUCAUGAUCUCCUUGAACAUGGAGACAGCGUUGUCAUUAUCAAAAAUGGCCUUCUCAACUAUGGAGUUAAUCGUGACGUCAAGGAACGGUCCCAGGACGUUCGAGGCUACCCCACGGCAGAUGUCUUCCAAAUGCUCACAGUAGUGCCAGCAUUUUUUGAACUCCUGAGGAGACAUCAAGCUGCAGUUAGUCAUCUCCACCAGUAAUUUACUGAGGUACUCCUUGGCAGAUGGCGAAACAGCCGCCUGAUGACACGCCAGGGAUACCCCAUAGGCUUUUGUCUCAUCGGAGAAAUUGAUGGCGUCGAGCAGUCGAUCGAACUUGAUUGGAGGCAAUGCCUUAGAGUACUUCUUGGAGAAUAUCCUCAUGCAUUCAGCAACGACAAUAUGUUUUUUACUAGAUUGGCUGCUGGCAUAGCGUCUCAAAUACUCUCCUAUGCUCCUGGCGGGGCUGAUUUCAGGGAGAUAAUUGAAGUUCACUGGCUCCCCUAUGGACCACAUAUAAAUUCCACUCCUGUAGUUGUUCAGCUCAUCCUCAAUGAACUUGGCAAGGAAAUCCCCAGUAGUGGGCAGCGCCUGUUCUCGAACGUUCUCCAGCAUUUGGAUCCAGCAGGAUCCAGGGAUGUAAUUGAGUUCUUUCUCCACGACAUCCUGAGCACUCCCAGCUGACCCGCGAUUAUGUGACUGCUUCAAGGCACUAGUGAAGCUCACAGGAAGAUGACAGACCCUCAUCUGCUGCACUUUGUACCUGGACAGGGCCUUGAACGCAGCCUUGACGAUCUCCAUAUUUUCAUGGCAGGCGUAAUCCCACAGUUUCUUCAGGCUCUCCCCCAGAAGUUCGUUGAACUCCUCUUCGAGAUACGACGCGGCUGACGGAACGUCUCCAAAAAACUCACAGAUGCUCUUGAUGACAGCCGUUCGUGUUUCACCGCUCAUCCUGGGAGAGAGGACGCGCCAGGCAGAGCAAACGUCUGCUAUUCCUGACACACAGAGGGCUGAGAUCCCUCGUAAUGCUAGAGCACUGGCUGCUGAUCCUGUCGUGGUGGUGCACUUGUUCAGAAUUUCUGACAGCAAGGGCACCAGUUCUGCCCCUUUCUCCGGACGUCUCUCGCAGAUGAGCUUCAUAGCGUUGGCACAGGUGACUGUUCCCAUGAAUGACGAGUCGUUUCUUGUCAGGGAUAUCAGAGCUGUCAUCAGGUAACUGUGACAACGGGGCUCUACCUCCCACAGGCGCAGGUACAGCUCGAUGGCGACGUAUUUCAUGGGUUCAUCCGAUAAAAGUAGCGACUCCGUCAUGUGAAUUAUCGUUGGCAUGUUUUCCUUGGAUACUGCAAGGUCUGGCACUGUGAACAGCAUCUCCUUGGUCUGCGAAAUAUCCUUGGAUGUCGUCAGCUUGUGAAGAACCAUGGAGAGAACGUUGGGGGCGAAGUCUGGGCAGGCUUUGACGAUCCUAGCCAGGGAUUUUAACGUACUUGAGAUGAUUGAGCUGUUGCUGGAUUGCAUGAAGAGGCCUGAUAACACGUGCUUGUAGCUGACGAGAACACUUGCUGGGGUGUGGGAUAGCCUCUGCAGCCAGGGAUUCAGUGUCUCGGAGGAGAGGUACUGACAGAUGAUCGAGUAGAACUGGUAGUUGGGAUUGGACUGCUGCAGAACUUGAUGGAAGGGAUUUGUGUGGGUGUUCUCAGGAGGGGACCAGUUGCGUUUUGAUGAUAUGGCUGGCAGCAGGGACAAGGAGGUCAUCAGGGCUUCAGAGGAUAAGGGGGAGGCAUAGGCCAUCCAGGAGAGAAUCGAGCCCAUGAAGGCGUUCGAGGAUGUCUCGUUGCAGAUGCCUUUCUCGAAGAGCAUGGAGCCUAUUUCGAUUAUACUCCGGAGAUAAACACUAUGAGUAAUCUCGAUCAUUUCUGAUAACAGAAACAUGACGACACUCCCUCCUCUACCAUCAGCACAGUGGACCAUCUGUUCCAUCAUCAGGAUGUUGGCCCUGGGAUCACAAUUGUGUUUUACAAGGUCCAAAGCUACUGCUGCUAUCAGAGGCAGCAACGCUGCACAUAAAUCUGUGUUCUUCUGAGCUAGGGAGUAUUCAGAGAGCUCCAGAAUUCUAUUGCUGGUGUCCAUGCAAGAGUUUGGGUCGUUCAUGGGAAGCCACUGGAGGAUUUCCAGUUGCAGGUGGAUUGUCUCGUCGGUUUUCAUCAACAGGUCCCAGGCUUGUUGCUUACAGCUCUCUGGGAGGCUUGCUGUGGGGUUACAAAGGAUGUAGACGAAGACUGGACGGAAUAGCUCAAUGUAAUGUCCUAACAAUUUUGGAUCUGACUGAUGAAUCAUCAAUUUCAUGUGCCCUAGAAUGUCCCUCCAUACAGUGGUUUUCUGCAUGAGAACAGUAAUUAGAGGAUGCUGAGGCGCCUUUAUGGAGAAUGGACAAGUGUACUCCUUCCCAGGAUUCCUGUUCUUCAAAUCUAAGUUCAAUAGACCACAUAUUGCUGACGUAACUGACAAAUAAUUCUUUGUUUCCCCGAGUAUCGCGAUGAACUUAGACAGGAUUGGAGACACUUCCAACAGUUCAGAUUCCACCAGGUACACCAGAGCCUGGCAGCUUCCAGAGCUGACAACUGCAUUGUCACUGCUACACUGUGCAAAUAAUAAAUUCAAUUCCGGAAGCUUCAGGGGGUCAGUGUCCUUCCUGCGUAUUAUUGCCUCAGCUGAUUGGAGCAGCUUUGAUAUUUUGUGGGUUAUUAAGGCCGGGUUAUUGGAGGUGAACUUAUUCUCCAGGCAGGUCAUCUUUGAAUUGUGUGGAUUUUUUCGUUGUUAGAUGUGAUUUUUGUCGAUGGAAAAAUAUAUGUGAGAGUCCUCUUUUAAUCAUCUGUUUAUGGAAGAGGAGGGAUAAAUAGUCGUGGAAUAAUAACCUAUGGAUCACCUGUCCGGUAUCUACAUACGAGUCUGUUUGUCGCCCGCCAACUGCCUAAAUCGACGGUGACGCCCUCCGCAGCCGGGGUCAUUACAUACGCUGCCUGUAUGUGCCUGUUUGACCGGCGGUGUGUACAGUAGUACAUGCACUUGAGUUUAGUCUUUAUAUAAUCUUGUCUACGGUCAACCUUGAAACAAGCAGCGACAUCUGUGUGCCACCGGCGGCUCAGACUAGGUUUGUACCCGUUCGUAUUGGACUUAACUGUGUCAUUUUUUUUUUAAUUGAGAAGACCCAAAAAUGAGAUUUUUUAAUAUAUUUAUUUGUAUGGACAAGUCGGAGCAUAGUGCACAAUAUAUUUAAUAUAUAGUAGUCUGGGGGAAGGGGUCAGAGUACAUUUCCGGAGUCUGAACACAAUAUCUUACAAUUUAACGACAAGACGUCUGCACUUUUAUUAACUUGUUUUCUCUGUAUUUGCUUCUGUACGUAAUGUGUUAAUUGCGUGUUUAUAUAUUCGAGUUAUGUAAUAUAUAAAGCCCAACGGUUUGCUAUAUUCACCCUAACGAAUAAAAAUAAAGUUGAUGCGUUAGGAUUUUAACAGUAUCAGUCAAUUUUUCAUAGUUAAUUUCCCACGGAUCUCGUUUCACAGAGUUUUGUCAUCCAAUUGUUCAAUUACAACUCGACUAAUUACCUUGAAUUUAAUAAACUCGAUAGAAAAUUUUUUUUAGCUCGGGUAAAAUAGUAAAACGCACUCGAUAACCAAGAGACAGAUCCAUCACUCUCUCUCCACUUGUAACGAGUCAAUUUUUGAAACAAUUUAUACGUUUUCAAUUUAAUCUUUUCAUCUUCCAAAGCAAAUACAUUGUACAGCCUAUACAAACGUUACACAAUUGUUAUUAAUUUUCGAUUUUAUUUAAACUCCAGUAGCUGGCGGAGAGCGCAGGGCAGGAUCCAGGUACUUAGGCUAUCUGCAUAUUUUCAUAAAAAGCUUUUUCAUUUCGUCGUCGGUAAUUCCCUCCAUUCUGUUUAUCGUUACGUUUUUUUGUUUUUUAUUUAUUUAUUUUUUCAUGUUUUUAGUAAAAAUCACAGCACAGCACCAGCAUUUACUUUAAAGCCUACCCCUUCUCCGCAUGUGGAGGCCCCAUUAAAACUGAGGCACCCCCUGUGUUUCGCUUCUAUUUCGUUUCAGUAAUGUGAAAUUUAUGAUUUUGGAUCUCAUUUUGUUUAGUCAUUAGAAAAU